AUGGCCGUCUUCUCAGUGAUAGAUUUGCUAUCGGUGCUCGCGGCAGCAAAUUUCGUCUAUUUUAUUGGUCUUGCCAUCUAUCGACUAUACUUCCACCCACUGGCCAAGUAUCCCGGACCUCUGCUGUGGAAGUUGACACAAUGGUGCGAAACAAGGUCCGCCUGGAAAGGGAGGAGGCACAUCGAUCUGCAUCUGAUACACGAGCAAUAUGGCGACAUCGUCCGGUUCGGGCCCGACAAACUAUCCUUUCGGACCGCUCAAGCCCUCUACGACAUCUACACGGACCGCAAGGCCAACAUGAUCAAGACGGGCUGGACGCACGUGGGUGAGACGAUCAACCCGGGCGUCACGACGCACAUCAUCUCGGACCGCCAACUCCACGCCGCGCGACGCAAGCUUCUCAACAACGCCUUCUCGGACCGCGCCAUGAACAGCCUGGACAAGUACAUGCUCGCACAGAUUCGGAAAUGGUGCGCCCAUCUCGGUCAGGCCAGUGACAGCAACAGCGACGACGAAGGAACACGGGAGAAGCCUGCCACGGCAUGGGGCAAGGAACGUGACAUGGGACAGUGGUCAACCCUGCUGACUCUCGAUGUGCUGGGCGAGCUCUGCUUUGGCGCGAGCUUCAACUCCAUGAAGUCGGGGGCGUCGUAUAUCAUGGAACUACUCCUUUCGGCCGCUCGGUUCCAACAACAGGUCGCCUUCAUCCCCAUCCGCGAACUCCUCUUCCCGCUGAUGAAACCAGCCCGCCUCGCCGUGAUUGGGAGGUUGAUGCGGUCGAAGAACCUGCUCAACAAGGUCCGCUUCCGACAGGACGUGUCUGUAUACGUGGAGCGGCGGUUCGCCGUGGAAAAGGCAGACGCAGAGAAAGCCGAGGAGGACCGACGGCGGGACUUCUUCUAUUACUUACUGCACGCCAAGGACCCGCAGACAGGGGACCAGUUCAUGCCCAAAGACCUGAUCGGCGAGGCGGCGCUGCUGAUCGGGGCGGGCAGCGACACGAGCUCGACGGCCAUGUCGGGGCUGUUCUUCUACCUGCUGCGCGACGAGCGCGUGCUGGCGCGGCUGCAGGCCGAGGUGCGUGGCGCGUUUGACACCGUCGAGGAUAUCCGCUACUCAGCCCGCCUGACCAGCCUGCCGUACCUGCGCGCCUGCGUCGACGAAGCCAUGCGCAUGACGCCGCCCGUGCCGGGCCUCUUGGACCGACUCGUGCUGGCGGGCGGGGCGCGCAUCGACGGGCACGAUAUCCCUGCUGGGACCACGGUCGGGGUGCCCAUCUACGCCAUCCACCACAACGAGCGGUACUUUCCCAAGUCGUUCUCGUACAUCCCCGAGCGCUGGAUCGCGGAGGAUGCCGAGACGUCGUCCCGCGUCGCCGGCUUCACCGUGACGCCCUCGUCGGUCGAGGUGUGCCGCAGCGCGUUCCACGCCUUCUCGUCCGGCCCGCGCGGCUGUGUCGGCAAGAACAUGGCCUACAUGGAGCUGCUGACCGCUGUGGCGCGCGUCAUGUGGCUGUUCGACGCGCGCCUCAAGCCCGGCGACCACAGCGGCGAGGGCGGGCCCCAGUGGAACGAGCCCGGCCGCGAGAGGGUCACCGAGUACCAGUUGAGGGACUGGCUGAUCAGCGACCGCGAGGGGCCAGUCGUGCAGUUCAAGCCGCGCGAGGGGGUUGUGGUUUGA